AUGCCAACAGAAGCUUUCCACCACCUCAGUCGUGCUCAUUUUACAAUCGCAAUUAUAUGCCCGCUUCCCCUGGAGGCAGAAGUGGCGAUACCGCUGUUUGACACGGUCUACGAUAGAACUGUCUAUGAAAAAUACGGUCCUGUACGAAAUGACCCCAACCACUAUACGCUGGGCCGCAUUGGCUGUUACAAUGUGGUUCUGGCCCACAUGGGUGGUUGUGGGAAAGCCGAAUCGUCCAGCGUGGCCAGUAAUAUCAAACAAAGCUACCCGGGCAUCGAACUGGCCCUUUUAAUAGGGAUCUGUGGAGGAGUGCCUUACAGGACGGACGUGGGUCCAACACAACGCAGGAGAGAUGUUUUCCUCGGCGAUGUGAUAAUUAGCAGCGCGAUUAUUCAAUAUGAUUUGGGGAAAAGACUUCCGCACCGAUUUGUGCGCAAGAAUACGUUAGAGUCCAAUUUAGGGCGAGCGAGUCUGCAGAUCCGAUCAUUCAUGACCUGCUUAGAGUCGCGUCAUGGCGACCUCUCCAAAGACCAACAGGGGCAUCUUCAGACUAUACAAGGUAGCAAGGAUGUGCCAUAUCCUGGUAUCAAAAGCGAUAUCCUAUUUAAAGCUGAAUACAAGCAUCGCGUACGCUGUCUGUGUAUGAGUGAUGCCAGCGGGGACCAAAGUGUCGUGGACCGCCGUCGUGUGGACUCUGAUGGGACUCCGUAUAUCCAUAUUGGCCGGCUUGCCUCUGGAGAUACUGUGAUGUGCUCUGCCAAGGAUCGAGACAAGAUUUCCAAGCGCGAGGAAGUUCUUGGUUUUGAGAUGGAAGGGGCUGGCGUAUGGGACAAUAUCCCUUGCAUCCUGAUCAAAGGAGUAAGCGACUACGCUGAUAGCCAUAAGAAUGAUACUUGGCAAUACUUCGCAGCUGCGAGUGCAGUGGCUUGCAUGCGUGCUCUCCUGGAUCAGAAUCCCAUUCCGAAUGUGACAUCAUCAGCGGGCCUGGCCCAGGAUAUUAUUGCCUCCCAGUUAAAUCCGCGAAAAAGACCCGCAGAGACUUCUGAAGACUCCAGUAACGAACGGGAAAAGGCGUGCCUUGAUCUGUUAACUUUCCCCCAAGCCGAGUAUCGCCUGGACGAGAUUAUGGAUCCCCUCAAUACGACAUGCACUUGGGUAUUAGAACGACCAGAAUAUAAGACAUGGAUGAGCGGGGAGGAUUUAAAAAGUCACGGAGGAUUUUUCUGGAUCAAAGGGAAGCCCGGAGCCGGGAAGUCGACGCUCAUGAAACACCUUCUUCCAAACUGGAAAAGACACAAUCAUCUCCUCUUUCUUUUUCCAUGCCCAAGGGGUGGACUUAGAGAGGUCCACUGUGGACUGAAACAUCAGCUGUUAUCACUCAUCCGAUUGCUGAACAACCGCUACGUGUUCUUCUUUAUUGAUGCUCUGGACGAAUGCGACCAAGCCGAGAUGGAGGACAUGAUACCGUUCCUCGAGCACUUGGGGCACUCUUUGAAUGCAUGCGAUGUUCAUUUGAGAAUCUGUCUGGCAAGCCGACACUAUCCACAACUCAAUAUUGAACGUGGCAUUGAGUGGGUCUUGGAGUACCAGCAGGAGCAUCAAGGCGACAUGCGGAAGUACGUUGAGACGAAAUUGAAAGGGGGCAAGUCAAAAAUGCUCCAAGAGAUUAGAAAAGAAGUGUGCGCCCGAGCAUCCGGUGUAUUUCUCUGGGUUAUACUUGUAGUUCGAUCGCUAAAUGAUGCGUUCGCCAAGGGCAAAAUCCACGCCGUACGUCAACGGCUGGAUGAAAUCCCAGACGGGCUUGAUGAGCUUUUCACCGAUAUGCUGACCAGAGACACUGAGGAAAUUGAUGACCUUAUCUUUUGUCUUCGACUCAUCUUGUUUGCACAACGUCCAUUGUCCAAGGAUGAGUUCUACUUCGGGGUGAUGUUUACCAAAAACGGCUUGAUCAAAAGAGAAGGCGAAUGGCACAUUGAUCCGCACAUUGAGAACUUCAUCCUCAACGUCUCCAAAGGCCUCGCGGAAAUUACCCGCACCAAAGCUCGCAUAGUACAUUUCAUUCACGAGUCAGUGCGAGAUUUUCUACUACGACGGGACGGUUUUAGCAGACUCCAGGCUGGGUCGAGCGCGAACACAAUCGGGAACGCCCAUAACGAGCUUGCAAAAAUCUGCUUUCGAUACAUCUGUGAAUACAAGCUCGUGGCCGCAAAUGGCGUUCCAAGACGCUAUGAAUGGCUACGCUCAGCCAAGAGCUGGUAUCUGAAUUCAGAACACCCUUUCCUCAAUUAUGCUAUCCAUAGCCUCCUGCCUCACAGCAAUGCGGCUGAGGCUGGAGGCAUUUCGCAAGCUGCCUUCCUGCAAAAGUUCUCUUUGUCAUUCCAGGACUUCAAGGACAUCCGCAAUGCCCUUGAGCAAUGUCUCAUUCGUCAUUAUGGACCCGAGGUGACGGCUCUAUACGUUCUAGCAGAAUUGAACUUGGACCACCUCAUCCGCCUGGAACUUCUACGUACGCCACAGAUGUGGAAGCAAAUGGGAAGGUAUCACAGCCCAAUGGGUGCGGCUGUCUACUUGGGUAACACACUUGCAAUCAGGGCCUUACUUGGUUGCAAUACGAGUUCAGAUGCCUCUGUCGACAACUCCUUGCUUGAGGCUGGGGUUAUUGAUCGUAUGAAACAAUAUGUGGUCAACAGCAAGCGAAUCAAGAUGAAAAGAGGUUCUAUGGCUUUGUAUCUGGUGGAGUACGCUAUUAAACGUGGUCAUGUAGCCAUAUUAAAGCUCCUCUACCUCACGGGCAAAAUCGAUCUGAACCAUAAGCUCAACUGUCGUUCGCUACCGCUUAUCUGUGCGAUUAAGUGUUCCAAGGCAGAAAUCGUGGAAUUUUUGCUCAGCUGUGAUAGAGUCACUAUUGCCAGCCCCACAAACGCUUUGCGUAUUGCGAUCAUUCGAGGUAUAAGGGAUAUUUGCAGUGCCCUACUUUCCUCCCCAUACAGUCUUCGUUGGUUGGACUCCUACGGGGGAGUUGCCAUCCAGUGGGCAGUAAUUGGAAACAACGGGUCUACAAUGAGACAUCUCCUUGAGCUUGGUUGCGACGUAACGCUACGCGAUAGAGAUGGUCGAGAUGCUUUGUCACAUGCCGCCGAACAAGGCAAAAUUGAGAUGAUGAAAAUCCUAAUUGAGAGCGGGGUUGUCGAUAUAGAUGGGAAAGACAGUCAGGGAAGGACGGCUUUAUCAUGGGCCGCAGGACCACACAAAACAAUGCUCUAUCGUUCGCCUGACCCAAACAUAUGUUGGGAUCAAUUGCAAAAGGAAGUCAUGUAUGUGCUACUCAGCACGGGAAGAGUUGAUGUGAACUCCAGAGACAAACAUCAAUGGACGCCCUUAUUAUGGGCCGUCCAGAGAAAUAAACCAGUGGCAGUGGACAUUCUUCUUGAGGCCUCAGAAACUGAGAUUGACUGUAGAAGUGUGACGGGAAAAACACCACUUACGGUAGCCGCAAUGUGUGGACAUGAAGCCAUGCUAUGUAAGCUCCUGCAGUCAGGUCGUGUGGAUGUCAAUUCUCAGGAUAUUUUCGGGAGAACACCCUUAUCUUGGGCUGUUUACCCAUGUGAUGCCAGCAUUCCAGAUUCCUUUGGCCAUCCAGCCUGGUGGUGGGCCCAAGCUUGGAGGAUUGAUACCCCCGCAGCCGUGGAAUGGAUUAAAGAGGAAGACAAAAAGGUCAUGCAGUUGCUCAUAGAUCAUCUGUCGAAAAAGAACAAGUCCAAUGAUAACGCAGUUCUGCCACUAGAUAGGGAAACGUUGGAGCGCGAAAUCCAGGUUGUUGCAGCGUCCUAUACACCAUAUGAUUAUUGA